CAGCCCACGUUAGUGAUGGAGGAGAGAAGAUGGCGGAAGCGGAAUUUAAGGACCAUAGUACAGUUAUGGAUAGUGAACCAAACCCUGGAACAUCUGUGUCAACCACAACCAGCAGUACCACCACCACCACCAUCACCACUUCCUCCUCUCGAAUGCAGCAGCCACAGAUCUCUGUCUACAGUGGUUCAGACCGACAUGCUGUACAGGUGAUUCAACAGGCAUUACAUCGGCCCCCCAGCUCAGCUGCUCAAUAUCUUCAGCAAAUGUAUGCAGCCCAACAGCAGCACUUGAUGCUGCAUACUGCAGCUCUUCAGCAGCAGCAUUUAAGCAGCAGCCAGCUUCAGAGCCUUGCUGCCGUUCAGGCAAGUCUGUCCAGUGGAAGACCAUCUACAUCUCCUACAGGAAGUGUCACACAACAGUCAAGUAUGUCCCAAACAUCUAUCAACCUCUCCACUUCUCCUACACCUGCACAGUUAAUAAGCCGUUCCCAGGCUUCCAGUUCUACCAGCGGCAGUAUUACCCAACAGACUAUGUUACUAGGGAGUACUUCCCCUACCCUAACGGCAAGCCAAGCUCAAAUGUAUCUCCGAGCUCAAAUGCUGAUUUUCACACCUGCUACCACUGUGGCUGCUGUACAGUCUGACAUUCCUGUUGUCUCGUCGUCAUCGUCAUCUUCCUGUCAGUCUGCAGCUACUCAGGUUCAGAAUUUAACAUUACGCAGCCAGAAGUUGGGUGUAUUAUCUAGCUCACAGAAUGGUCCACCAAAAAGCACUAGUCAAACUCAGUCAUUGACAAUUUGUCAUAACAAAACAACAGUGACCAGUUCUAAAAUCAGCCAACGAGAUCCUUCUCCAGAAAGUAAUAAGAAAGGAGAAAGCCCAAGUCUGGAAUCACGAAGCACAGCUGUCACCCGGACAUCAAGUAUUCAUCAGUUAAUAGCACCAGCUUCAUAUUCUCCAAUUCAGCCUCAUUCUCUAAUAAAACAUCAGCAGAUUCCUCUUCAUUCACCACCUUCCAAAGUUUCCCAUCAUCAGCUGAUAUUACAACAGCAGCAACAGCAAAUUCAGCCAAUCACACUUCAGAAUCCAACUCAAGACCCACCCCCAUCCCAGCACUGUAUACCACUCCAGAACCAUGGCCUUCCUCCAGCUCCCAGUAAUACCCAGCCACAGCAUUGUUCACCAAUUCAGAGUCAUCCCCCUCCUUUAACAGUGUCUCCUAACCAGUCACAAUCAGCACAGCAGUCUGUAGUGGUAUCUCCUCCACCACCUCAUUCACCAAGUCAGUCUCCUACUAUAAUUAUUCAUCCGCAAGCACUUAUUCAGCCACAUCCUCUUGUGUCAUCAGCUCUCCAGCCAGGGCCAAAUUUGCAGCAGUCCACUACUAAUCAGGUGCAACCUACAGCACAGUUGAAUCUUCCAUCUCAUCUUCCACUUCCAGCUUCCCCUGUUGUACACAUUGGCCCAGUUCAACAGUCUGCCUUGGUAUCCCCAGGCCAGCAAAUUGUCUCUCCAUCACACCAGCAAUAUUCAACCCUGCAGUCCUCUCCAAUCCCAAUUGCAAGUCCUCCACAGAUGUCGACAUCUCCUCCAGCUCAGAUUCCACCACUGCCCUUGCAGUCUAUGCAGUCUUUACAAGUGCAGCCUGAAAUUCUGUCCCAGGGCCAGGUUUUGGUGCAGAAUGCUUUGGUGUCAGAAGAGGAGCUUCCAGCCGCAGAAGCUUUGGUCCAGUUGCCAUUUCAGACUCUUCCUCCUCCACAGACUGUUGCGGUAAACCUACAAGUGCAACCACCAGCACCUGUUGAUCCACCAGUGGUUUAUCAAGUAGAAGAUGUAUGUGAAGAAGAAAUGCCAGAAGAGUCAGAUGAAUGUGUCCGGAUGGAUAGAACCCCACCACCACCCACUUUGUCUCCAGCAGCUAUAACUGUGGGGAGAGGAGAAGAUUUGACUUCUGAACAUCCUUUGUUAGGUGAGAAAAAUAACAAACUUUGUGGGAAUUUUUCUAUUGUGAGUCGUUCGUCUUUGCUAAUAGAACAGCCUGUGAAAAAACGGCCUCUUUUGGAUAAUCAGGUGAUAAAUUCAGUGUGUGUUCAGCCAGAGCUACAGAAUAAUACAAAACAUGCAGAUAAUUCAUCUGACACAGAGAUGGAAGACAUGAUUGCUGAAGAGACAUUAGAAGAAAUGGACAGUGAGUUGCUCAAGUGUGAAUUCUGUGGGAAAAUGGGAUAUGCUAAUGAAUUUUUGCGGUCAAAACGAUUCUGCACGAUGUCAUGUGCCAAAAGGUACAAUGUUAGCUGUUCUAAAAAAUUUGCACUUAGUCGUUGGAAUCGUAAGCCUGAUAAUCAAAGUCUUGGGCAUCGUGGCCGUCGUCCAAGUGGCCCUGAUGGGGCAGCGAGAGAACAUAUCCUUAGGCAGCUUCCAAUUACUUAUCCAUCUGCAGAAGAAGACUUGGCUUCUCAUGAAGAUUCUGUGCCAUCUGCUAUGACAACUCGUCUGCGCAGGCAGAGUGAGCGGGAAAGAGAACGUGAGCUUCGGGAUGUGAGAAUUCGGAAAAUGCCUGAGAACACUGACUUGCUACCAGUUGCACAAACAGAGCCAUCUAUUUGGACAGUCGAUGAUGUCUGGGCCUUCAUUCAUUCUUUGCCUGGCUGCCAGGAUAUCGCAGAUGAAUUCAGAGCACAGGAGAUUGAUGGACAGGCCCUUCUCUUGCUAAAAGAAGACCAUCUCAUGAGUGCAAUGAAUAUCAAGCUAGGCCCAGCCCUGAAGAUCUGUGCACGCAUCAACUCUCUGAAGGAAUCUUAACAGGAACAUGAAGCCUUGAUAAAACAGCAGUUUUACUCUUCUCAUACAAACUUGUAAGGUAAAGGCCUAACUUGGUCUAGAGUAUGACACUUAUUGUGGUGGAUAGCCGAGCACAUUGGGACCUCCGCAUCAAAUACUGACAUUUCUUCUACAGGUAUAAUAAUUCAUCGUACAUUUUCAUAAUUAACCAUUGGUAAAGUUAAUUUUACAGGUUACAUGAAACACUGAAAGACUUGUUGUUAUAGAGGGCCAUGAUAUUUUUCAAAGAAAUGUGUUAUACUAGAUAAUUUUUUUAAAGGUGAUGUUUAUCAUUAAUAUAAAGAAUCCUUUUAAAAGUAAUUUAAUGAUUUACAUUUCUCCUGUUUUGAUUUGGUUUUCUUAUACAUUUUUUUACCCUAUUAGUUUUCUAAAGGUUGUCAUGAGAGAUAUGUUAUGGCAUAAUUUAGUAGUCCAGUGACGGAAUCAUAUGCAAUGAAAUCAGUGUACACUUUAAAAAACAUGUCUUUUAGACAUGCUUUAUCUAUAAAAAAGGAAUUGUGUUUUAGUGUGAACAAUACUGAUCUGGAAGUGAAAACAGUUUCUAGUCCGAACUUGACCAAGAAUUUGGUUUGACUGAGAAAGUUUUCCUCUCCGUUUUUGUACAUUUAGAGCAGUGGUUUUCAAUAGAGGUCAGUUUUGAUCGCCAGGGGACAUCUGGCAAGUCUAGAGACAUUUUGGUUGUCACAGCUUGACGGGGCGUUCAAGGGAGGGUUCUAGAUACUACUGGUAUCUAGGAGGUAGAAGCCAGAGAUGUUUCUACAUAUUUUAUGGCACGCAGGACAGCACACCUCCACUACAAAGAAUUAUUGAUUCAAAAAUGUCAGUAGUGCCAAGGUUGAGAAACUCUGAUAUAGAAGGAGUGAUAAAUAUUGUUUUCACCCAAAGGGAUCUUUUUUAAAAAUGGAGCAUAGCAAACAUAUAUGAUGGAAGUGUUAUUCCGAUAACAUUAAUAUUCUGUUGAAUUAUUUUUUUUCUAGUUUAAUCAUGCUAGAAAAAGAAAAAAAGAUCUACAAAUUGGCCUAUAAAAUAAGGACUGACAUAACAAAUAAUUUAAUUCUCAGAAAGUACUAAUUCAUUCUGAUUAUCUUUCAUACCUCUGUGCUCCUCUGCACUGAUGAAGGCAUAAUAUGAUUAUACCUAUGAACCAGUGUACAGCCUUUUCUGGAAAGAAAAUAGUUUUUUAGUAGAUAUGUCAUUGCUCUUUGGAUUUUUUUUCUAAUGUUGAACAAUGCUGGGACUAGCUAGAAUGCACAUUCCUACUUCCUUUACCAAACCUUUGCAUGCUUCCUGCAAAGCACUUACCAAGUGAUUUCUCUUGAAUGAUCAGAUGUAAGUUUGUAUGUACAUGUUUGAGGAAAACAAUUUAAAGCAGAACCUUUUACUGAACAGUGUUCUACAGAAUUAUGACACUAAAACAAAACUGUGGAAGCCCUGAAAGCUUUAUAGUCCUGGACAUCAAAAAUUUUAUUUCAGAUGAUGAAUGUUUUGUUUUAAUCUUUUCUUAUAUUACCAUGAUUGAGAUAUUUUAGUAAUUGAAGGAACAUACACAGAUAUUUGGCAGAAGUUGAGUAAGUAGGGGAAAAAAAGAGUCCGUGAGUUUCAGUCAUUUUCAUUGCUCUUUUCAGAAAGAUUGUGUUCAGCUAGUAGAAGACUAAAGAUGUCGCUGAAGACAUCACAGAUAUUAUAUUUAUCUUUUGGCUUUGUGUACAUUAGAGAAUGUUGAUUAUUUUUAUACAAAAAUACAGCGGGUAAUUUUUUUAAUCUUUAGAUGCCUCUUGUUUGAAUGUAUGCUUUGUGGAAUUCUUUGUGUAGUAAUGUUUUUAAAAAAAAAAGAUGUUUACUGAUAGUUACAUGUAGGAUUAGAAUGUGUAAUAUAAGGCUCAUGUUCCAGACCUACAGUAGCUUGUAGUCUGUGUUACAUAUUUCUUUUUAUCACAUUUUUAAUCAUUGGAUUAAAGUUUCAAGGAAAGCUAGGUACUCUAUAAUCAGUUUUCAUUUAUUAGCAGUUUAUCAUCAUGACAGAAUUGUCAUACGCUUGACUUUUCCCCUCUUCUUGCAAUUUCAGAACACAAAUACAGGCUGAGCAUUAGUAAGUGACAGCCCACAGUAUGAGGGAGGGAGGUGCAAUGGAAAUCUUGCCUGGAAUUAAAACUUCUCAUAGAUUAUUCGCAAUUAAUACAACAUUUAUUGUUUGGGGAUAGACUCCUCCAUCAGUAAUGGUUACCUCCCAUAUUACCUAUGGCCUUUAAGGCAUCAAUUUUGAACUGUGUUGUAGGCUCUCCUUUUAUUUACUCUCUUCCAUAAUAUCAGCCAUUCUGUACUUACUGAAAGCCCCUGUGCCUACCACUGUUGUAAUUAUUCAGGAGAGGCUUACAAGAGGAGUUUCUAUUGGAGAAUACCUUAUAAUCUUAAAUUUAGUCCAGAUCUCCUGUUGUCCCAACUCAGAACAUAGCC